GUUCAUAUUAAAGUUUAUACGUACACUUUUUAGCUUGGUGGAUAGUGUUACUAUAGUUGAUAGAUUUAAUUUAUAAAUAAAUUUUAAUUUUUUGUAUUUAAGUCACAUUAAAUAUUAAAUAAGAAAUAUUUCUGGCACACAACCUUUAUAUUUUUACUUUCAAAAAUUAAAAAAAAAAUAAUGAGUUUGAGGAUGUUACACAAUCUGUGGCAGAUUUCGUGGUAGAAUGCACAUCACGGACAUAGCUGAAGAAAGGCGUCGUGAUGAAGAAGAUUGGUGGACCCUCAUGACCGAUCGAUCGUCAUCAGGAUCCAAAGGUUGCGGGGGAGGGGUAGUCCUCAUCACCCAGAGGGUUUCAAAACCUACCAUGCCCUCAUGUAUUUAUUCUCUCUAUCAAACAAUGAGGCAAAAUAUGAGGCUCUGCUUUCCGGACUCAGAAUAACCAGUUAUUUCAAAGUCCAAAAGUAGAGGGUUAAAAGCGACUCCAAGUUGGUAAUCAAGCAGCUUAGGGGAGAAUGUGAAGCUAAAGAAGAACGAAUGCAGAAGUGCAAGGAUGCAUCCCCGGAGCUCAUCAAGAACUUUGAGCAGUCUGACCUGGUAUAUGUUCCGUGAGCCCAGAACGGGGAGGCAGAUAUCCUGUCAAAGUUGACGCAGGAUAGAAGAAUUAGAUCAACCGAGCAUAAAGGUAACAAAAGGCCAAGAGGUGUUGCCCAUCGGGUCUUCACCGGAGUGUUGGAUUAAUGACAUGGUAAAAUAUAAAGUGGACGGAGCACUACCAGAAGACGAAGAAAAAGAAAUGGUGAUCAAGAGACGAGCUCCAAGCUAUGUAAUCCAAGACGGGAAGCUUUACAAACGAAUCUAUAAUGGUGUGCUAUUGAAGUGCUUAAGGCCGAAACAAGCCCAACAGGUGAUGAAGGAAUUGCACGCUGGGAUUUGUUCAUCGCAUCAUGGACAAUGAAAAUAGUCCGACUCCGAGCCUUUCAAAGACUUGUGUGGGCAGUGGGGGAGUUGAGGUCAGCAAAGCAUCUGUUGCAUAUCCUCAAUGCAACUGGCAAGUAGAGAAUGCAAAUAGGACUAUUGUAAUUGGCAUAAAGAAGAAACUGGAGUCUAUGGGGUUACUUUGGUGGACGUGUUGAACAAUAUACUUUGGGCCUAUCGAACUACACCAAGGAAAGCCACCGGAGAAACUUCAUUCACACUAAUAUAUGGUUUUGAGGCUCGAGCACCGUUCGAGGCUAUAGUGCCGAGCAUGAGGGUGGAAAAUUACGAUCCCUGAGAAUAAUGAGAGUUACUAAGAGUCAAGCUCUGCCUAAUUGAGGAAAAAAAGGACUGAGCAUUCAUCAUAGCUGAAAAUUAUAGGCAUCAGGUGAAAGAGUAUCAUGAUGCUUAAGGUCAUAUCGAGACAAUUCGAUAUCGGGGAUUGGUCCUCAAGAGGUGAUCUGCCAGCCGACCUCUAGAGGGAGGAAAGUUUUCCAAGAAUUAGGAGGGGCCUUAUAAAGUCAAAGGAAUAGUUGAACUCGGGACCUACAAAUUAUGUACUCUUAAUGGGAAGCUGGUGGACAGGGUUUGGAACUCUAUACAUUUGUUGAAAUUCUACCAGUAAGUGUGUAUUUCUUUCCAAAAGAAAGUUUUAAUAAAAUUCUGUUUUGGAUUCACAAAUAUCAUGUACAUGUGACAAUACUCGCCAAGGUUUCUUAACCAACCAGGGUCAAGGAAGAAAGGAAAGGUCAUGCCAAACAGGUACUCGCAAAAGCUGAAGUGAAAUUCCGAACUCAUCUAAAUUCUAAAAGCUCAAAUAUAAUCGUUCUUAAGAUAAGAGCGGGACUUAACAACCUUUCCCAAGGUUAAACAACCUUCAUGAACAAAAUCAAAAUUUCCCAAAAACGAGAAAGAUAUCAUUUUUCAAGGUUAAAACUGAUUUUACAAGGCUAAAAAUGAAAUAAUGGAAUAAACUUCGCACCAAAGGUUUUAAAUGAAACUCCACCAAUAAAAGAGGCUCAUCGUGCGGUCAUAAUGACCGAAAUGAUAGCCCAUUUGAUAUGGCUCAGAUAAUGACAGCAUAAGGGUUGUAGGUUGGUGAAAGUCCCCCAAAAUGGUGAGAGAUGACCUUGACCAGGAAUUCAAAGAAAAACCAAGUAAGGAUAUUGUUGAGGUUUACUCCCUCAACCCGCUGGCCCAACACGUAACCUGAGGGUUUCGAAUGGGUAAUGGGCAAGUAAGAUGAAGAAACAAGCAGGAAAAUGGGCCACAACUGUCUUUACUUACUCAAACUAUUACAAGCCGAAGGGCCGAGCGUACGAUACAUAUGUUACGAACUGAUAUUGGUGCUAGGGUGCUUCAAUGCUAAAUUGCGAACCCCCCACAAUGAAAUAAAUGCUGCUAUUUAUACUAUCCAGGGGUAGUUGGGAGCAUUGACGUGGCUGGCUGUGAGCGACAUGAUCCCAACCACCAAAUCUUCUGCAUUUAAUGUGUUUCCCGCCAGGAUCUUUGUUUCCCGCCAGGGGGUGGGGACGUUCGUCCCUAAGGGGUGGGUCCAAUCUUCUGAUGGAAGCCUGACCUCCUGUUAUAGGAAUAAGGGACGUUCACCCUUCUGCACUCGAAUCAUCCUUGGCCCAUUCUCGAGCCGCCCUUGAUACCCUGUCGUGGGUUGGGGGCGUCCAUCCUCGCAAACCCCGCAGGACCCGUGGGCCUGGUUACCUGCCGUCAAUGGAUCACGUACAUCUCAUGGCCCUCGGGACCCGAUACCGACUAGCAAUGGGCUACGUACGUCCUCUGAUCCUCGGGGCCUGGAUAUCCACUGGCAGUGGAGCCCGUACGUCUUCUGAUAUGGGCCUUGGUAUUGCCUGACUACGGGCUACGUACGUCCUCUGAUCCUCGGGCAUGGCUGCCCGUUGUGAGUGGGCUGCAUACGUCCCUUAGCCUUUGGGCCUAGAGACUUGACCUUCUUCUUGGGCUUAGGAUAGGACGUUCAUAGGGGGCCCUUAGGGGUUGAUGGGCGGGCCCUCGGUGGCCAUUAACCCAACACAAGUCCCCCACUACUGAUGUUCCGAGCGUGCGCGGGACAUAAGGAAGUAACCGUUUUCUUCGUACUGCUUUGAACCGCUACCCUCCUUCCUCGAUGUGACGGUUGCUUCUCUGUCGUUGUUCAUGGGGCUCUAGGUGACAGUUAUGCUGGCCGGUUCAACUUCCGAUGUAAAAGUAAUCAUUUUGCACCUGUCCGUCACAGCGUGACACAUGUCCCUGGGUACGCUCCUCGCCACGUGUCAUCCGUGGGUUGGCCAUUGGAGGGGCGUAUCCCCCUAUAAAUACCGGGAUCGCUGGAAAGAUUAGGGGUUUCCAUCUUCCACUUCCUUCCUCGAAUCUCAGGCGCUCCCCUGCAAGUGUUCCCGGUUCUCACGUUCGUCUUUGCUUUCAAGUUCCGAAGGUAAUUUCUUCGAUUUUAACUCAUCUUCUUUCCCCUCGCAAUCUUUCCCCAUAGCCUGUUCCAUGGAAAUCUCCUCCGAAUCGGACACAUGCUCUAGUUCUUCCACGGGUUCUUCUGUCGGUUCUUCCUCUGCGGCGGGCUCUAGGUCCCGUUCCUCAGAGGGGACAAGUAGUUCUGGCAACUCCAGCGCCCCCAUGGUGGUGGGCCACGUGGCGGCGAAUGAGGCCGCCCCUUUGAAUGUAGGGGGGAUAUUGGUAUGGAUGUCGUCCCUGAGAAUGCUGCAGCGACGGCGGCGCAACCAGAUGCGGAGGCGGAGCACCUUACCGAUUAUGACUCCGGUGAAGAGGCCGAAGAAGGGGACGACCUUCAGGUGUUCAUGCUCGGUUUCCCCAUGGACCAACAUCGGCACCUCGUGCUUAUCCCUAUCGUCACCGUGAUCGAUCAGGUCUUCUUUAGGAGGGCCCUAAAGGAGCUGCAAACUCUCCUCCCUCCACCGUUCUAUUACAGCCUCCGGGGUGCGGACAAUCUCUUCAGAAAGACGUUCGGGAAUGGUUAUGGUGCAUAUGGAUUCAGUAAAGGCCGGACUGCGCUUCCCACUCCAUCAGUUCUAGUUUGAUUUUUUCGGUUGCUACAGUGUCGUUCCGGCUCAGUUUAUGCUGAACUCUUAUCGUCUCAUCUCCGCCUUUAUUGUUCGCUGCAAAUUGCAAGGACUCACCCCUAGUUUGGAUCUUUUCCACCAUUUCUUUCAAGUCGCCCUCCAAAACGCCGAUGGGUUUCUGAGUGUGGCCGCACGUCCCAAAAGGAAGUUGUUCGAGGGCGCCCCCACUUCCAUUCAUGACUGGAAAUACCGUUUCUUCUUCCUUCGCUAUUCGGACGAGCGGCUUCCUGUGAGAUGGAACGGGUAUCCUCCGAAGAUAACGCCACCGGAGCUGGCUCAAGAAUUGCAAGGCGCCAUAGAUAAGCUGAAGCUGGGCGGUGUCAAGGGGCUGAAGGAAUUCCUGACCAUCCAGGCACUCUCUGACGCAGGGAUAGGUCUUCCCCCUACUCAGGAUCAGAUGGAUCGUGAAGCCAUGAAAUCUCGUCAUGAGGCCAAGGCCGCUACGCUACGAGCGGCACAGGUGAAGGCCCGUGAUUCUGGGAGAUCAAUUACUUUCUGGUGAAAUGAAGGAAUGUCGAGAAGUUCUUGGAAUCUUGGGAUACCAAUUACUUUUUGUGUUCUACUAUUUAAAUUUGAACUGUAAUGAUAUACAUUUGUUAAAUCUUUUUGGAGAUACUCUUGACUAUUUCCGCUGCACAUUGUGAAUCUGUGAUUGUGCUUUUAAUUAUGGAAUAUGGAUGCUUAUUUGGAAUUUGG